AUGGAGGAGGCCCUGUGCAAGGAAAUUGAUCGAGUUGACUGCUCGCUCUUUACGGACGAGGUGGAACGAGCUCCGCCGCCGAAGCGGUUUACAACGCCAUCCAUCACUCCAUUUAAGGGGGAUUCUGACCCUGAGAGCCAUUUGAGGCACUUCAAGAGCGCCAUGAUCCUGUACAAGGCAGACGACGCCCUGAUGUGCAAAGUGUUCGCGAUGACUUUGCGAGGAGUAGCUCAGGAUUGGUUCUACACUCUACCGUCCGCGUCGAUAGGCAACUUCAAGGAGUUCGCCAUCAUUUUCACAAAAGAGUACACCUCCUACAAGACGGGCUUGCCAACCGAGCACGAGCUAUAUUGGGAGCUGGCCAUAACUCCAAGUCAAACCUUGCCAGAAGUGUUCGCGACGGCAGAGCGCUACGCACUUUGGGACGAUGAUCGUAUCGCCGCAAAGAAAGCUAGCAAGCAAGUUGACCACCCGAAAAAGCAGGCAAGCCAAAAGAGCAAUAAGUUCGAGCAAAAAGGCCGAGAUAAGCGCAGAUCGCGGCCCCAAGAGGAAAGCUCAGAAACAGGGACAUUCACUGAGUUCGCUAUCCCAAUCCACCAGAUCCUAGCUCGGGUGAAGGACAAGCCGUGGGUGAGGAGACCACCACCCAUGAAGGGAGACCCCUCUAAAAGAGACACCAGUAAAUACUGUGCAUUCCACGGGGAGCAAGGUCAUUACACUAACAACUGCAACGCUUGGAAAAGGCACUUUGAGGAGCUGGUCAGAGAGGGCCAUUGCACCGAGUUCGUUGCAAAGAAGGCUAUCCAGCAGAUCGAGGAUCGUGAUGCAGCUGCCAAGGAACCUCCCCAAAAGGUCAUUCGAAUCAACACCAUUCUAGCCGACUCCCAAGAGUCCGGGCUGACCACCAAGGAGUGCAAGAGAAAGAUCGCUCAGGCAACUUAUGUCUCCCAAGUCACAACGGGAGUACCAGCCAUUGUGGAUACACCCAUCAUCGGCUUCUAG